GACAGGACAGGGGCCCUUCAAGAGCCAAUCAGAUUUGAGCUGCAGCCGUUCUUCUUCAUGUCCUCUGAAGGCUGUUAGAAGUAGACCGGAAGUGACCCGCAGGUGUUUAUCUUGAUGUUUGUUUCCUCUUUGAAACGAGUUUCUCAUCUUCAGUAGAAACACGUGGUGAAUAGAAACAUAACUUCACGUUGACGCACCUCUAACGGCUCUUUUCAUAUUCACGAACUUUUUACGCGCUGUUUUAAACUGCGUCUUCACACGAUGAUCGUGUGAAGACGCAGCUCGUCGUGCUGCGGAACGUGACAGUUGUGCGCAUGCGCAGUGCCCCGCCGCUGCUGUGUUGAUAACUCGUCUGUGCUGUUCUUUCGUCGCUAACCGGAGUAAAAUGUGAUUCCACGCGGGUCAGUGGACGAGCCACGUGUCGGCGGGAUUCUUCCUGGAGCUGAGAAUCCGGUCUCAACUGAAACCAUGCUGAAGUGGUUUUCUGCUGAAGAGGGAGAACCUGGGUCUGGAGGCCCGGGUUCUCCCCUCAGAGCUGCUGGCGCUGGAGAGCUUGCUGUGGAGGAGGCUGCAGAGCGGCUGACCCAGACGGAGCUGCUCGUCACUCAGCUGAAGGAGAUGAUCCGAGAAAAGGAUGCAACGCUACGCACCAAAGACGAGCAGCUGAAGGUGGAGAAGGAGGCUUGUGAUGCCAAACUGUCGAAGCUGCGUCUCCAGAACAAGGCCAAGGUGACGUCCCUCACGACACAGCUGGAGGAGCUGAGGAGGCAACAGGGAGGUCAGGUCACGCCAACACACGGCAAGAAGGGAUCAUCAGAAGCAGGAGAGCAAGCCAGUCGGGGCAAGAUUGUCUUACUCAAGAAGAAAGUGGAGGAACUUGAACAGCAACUUGCACAAAGAAACAAUGAACUUGAAAACAAGCGGAAGGAGGUGGAGUCCCAGCGGCAGCGAGGCGAGGAAAUGGACACGAUGCUGACGGAGAAGGAGCGGAAGCUGGUGGAGAAGGAGGCCUACAUCGUGCACCUGCAAACAGCACUGGCAGGAGAUCAGCCCGUCACACCUCCACCACAACAGGUGGUGGAGGACAGUGGAGCAAUGCAGGAGCUCCAGCUGCUGGUGCAGGGUCUGACCAGGAAGGUGGGAGAAUCAGAGGAGCGCUACAGCCUCCUGCAGGAGCAGUCAGAGAGCCUGAAGGAGCUGCUGGUCACAGAGAAGGAGCAGUACGCUCAGAAGGAGAACAUGUACAAACAGAAUAUCCAGACAUUCAAAGACAUCCUCAUUCAGAAAGACAACCAGCUGGUGGAGAUCAACCAGAUGCACGAACAGGAGCUCUUCAAGCUCGCAGCCAAGUCUGAUGCCAGCGCCGACCUGGAGCAGCUUCUGAAGGCCCUCAAACAGAAGCUUCAUGAGAAGGAGGAGGUGCUGCUGGGUAAAACACAGGUCAUUGAUGUUCUCCAGGGAGAAGUGGAUGGAAGAGACCAACAGAUAAAGGAGCUGACUGAAAAGCUCCGCCGGCUCCAGGUUGAACGAGAGAGCUUGGCCUCCAAGAUGGAGGCUGAGAAGCACGUGAUGCGAGCACAGCUUCGCGACCUGAUGGAGAAACAGCAGGCAGAGGUGCAGCGACUGACCGAGCAGCACCGCUCACUGGUGGACCAGGCCCAGCAGGACUUCAUGGAGCAGCUGGAGGAGCUGAGGAGAACCUCUGUGUCAGCGCCACCUGCCAGCCAGGAGGCCUCGGGGUCGGGAAGCAUGACGGCUGAUUCAGCCUCCAUCCAAAGAAUAGCUGAGCUAGAAGCACAAGCAAAGCAGAAGACGGAUGAAGCCAGCAGAUCAGACGCCAAGUUCCUGAAGAUGAAAGCUUGGUCGAAGUCUCGGAUCAGACAGUUGGAGGAGGAGCUGAAGAAAAGCCAAGCUGGAGGUGCCCCCCCGGAUCUGACGGCCCUGCGGAGUCACGUUACGGCUCUGGAGGAGGAGAGGGAGGAAAGCCUCUGGAAGGUGGAGCAGUACGAGGAGCUCAAGACAAAGAAUGAAAUGCUGGAGGCCAAGCUGGUGGUGUACGAGGAGCAGCAGAGGAGUCUACAGGCCGACCUGGAGCAGUUCACUAAGAGGGCCACCUCUCAGGCCAGUGAGUCAGGAAGUGCUGAUGACUCUCAGAGUCAGGUCUUGGAAUGGCAGGAGAUGGUCACGGAGGCGGUCAGUGCCAGGGACCGGGCCAAGGAGGAGAAGGUGGCCAUGGCUCUCCGCAUCAGCCACAUGGAGGAGGAGAGAGAGGGACUGAUUGAGGAUGACUGGUUCUUUCCUGGCUGCUCCGAUCCAGCACUGGCCUCACGGCAGCAGGAGUUGGAGGAGGAGCUGGCUCAAUCCCGGGGGCUCGGCCAACACCGGGCCAAGAAGCUAACGGCCCCGGCCCAGCGGAGCCUGCAGGAGGACUUUGAGUUUGACGGACAGGUCCAGUUCCAGGACCCUCGCGGCGCCUCGGAGAGCACCGCCCCGAUGGAGGGGGAGAACAUGGGAGGUUGGUGGCCCGAGUACAGUUCCCCCGAUACAGAUGGUUUACGGUCUGUGGUGGAGGAGCUGGAGCUGGAGAGGAACCAGCUGCAGGAGCAGAUCCUGAGUCUGGAGGAGCGCUGUCAGGAUCUGGAGGAUCGACAGCAGCUGCAGUCGCGCAUGGAGGCGUUUCAGAACGAGUCCGAGAAACUUCAGAGUCAACUCGCCAGCGUCCGAAGUCAACAGAGCCGAGACGCAGAGAAACACCAGCUGCUGGUCGCCAGUCUCACCGAGCAGCUCAAAGGACUGAGCAACACACAGGAGUGUCUGGAGAGUUCUCUGAUCGAGAAGGAAAACACUUUGGCUAAAACGUCUGAGAAACUCGAGCUGAUCGGCAGCCUCAGAGAAUCUCUGAGCGAGAAAGAGCUUCAGUUCAAAGACGUGUCUGAACGGCUCCUCCAGACCGAGCACACUCUCGACAACAUCUCCACGAAAUGCAGCAGCUCGGAGAAACACUGUUCGGAGUUAAAGACCGAAGUUUGUGACCUCACGCAGAAGUUUACUGUUCUGAAGGAGAAGACACAAAAGCAGGAAGAUACCAUAGAAGCUUUACAGACGGAGCUGGAUCAGACCAACGAGGAGCUGGACAAACUGAACUCCGCCCACCUGGAGGAACGAGCCCAGCUCAUUCACGAUCUUCAGACCUGUGAGCGGGAAAUUGACAGUCUCAGAGAAGUCGUGGCAGAAAAGGACAAAGAGAUAUCAAGCCUCUCUGCCAACAUGGUGGAGUACACGGAGCAGAUCACGGUUCUGAAGCAGGAGAUCAAACUCAAAGAAGAGAACCUGGUUCUGGUAGAAGCGGCGCUGAGGCGAGCGGAGCAGCAGGCCAUGAUCAUCAGAGACUCGCAGGAUUCAGACCAGCAGUCUCUGAACAGCAGGAUCACAGAGGCGCUGGAGAAACUCAAGGACACGGAGACCGAAUUAGUCAAAGCCAAAGAGGAGAGAGAUUCCAAAGAGGCGGAGGUGGAACAACUGUUAAAGCAGCUUGAAGACGACAAGAAAACUAUUCAGGAGCUUCGAGUGGAGAUUCAGAAACAGACUGUGAGCCAUCGUCAUCAUCUCUCUGAAUGUGAGACACACAUCUCCUCGCUGAAGGAGCAGCUGAGGUCGUCCACAGAGAAGCUGCAGGAGUCAGAGGGACUCGUUUCACAGCUCCAGGACAAAAACAUCAACAAUGAGGAGUUACAGCAGCAGCUUCAUGACAAGGAAGAGACGUAUGAAAAAGAGCUGAAGUCCUUCAAGGAAGAACACAACAAGCUCCUGGCACAGGUGGAAAAAUACAAGAAUGAACUCCAGACAUUGUCCAAACAGCUGGAGGAGCAGAUGCAGAGCGAAGCACAGAUCAGAGAAGAGAUGAGAGAGAAAGUGGAAACGAUAGAAACAUUGGAAAAGCAGCUGAAGACAACCGGUAAACAAACUUCAGAGAAACAGAAGUUGAGCAAUGAGCUAAAAAACAAAAAUGAAAACAUCUCCAAACUCAAGAACCUGUUGAAAAGCACGAAGGUGGAGAAGCAGCAGCUGACUGAGGAGCUGGAGCUUCAGAGGCGAAGCGUCAAAGAGCUCAAUGAUACGCUGACCACAGCAAUGGAACUCAACAGCGGCCUGGAGAAUCAAGUCCGUUGCCUCGCACAUGAAAAAUACACACUUGAAGAGGAAGUGAGCGAAAGUGUGGAAAACAUUUCACACGUCACAGCUGAAAAUGAAUCUUUACAAGCUCAAAUAUCCGAGCUGGAGACACAGUGUUCACAGAUUGACAGAGUUGUUGAUGGGCUACAAAGAGAUAAAGAGGAACUGACUCUUCAAGUUAACGAGUUAAACGGAGUCCUUGAGCAAAGCACAAACUCAAACUCAGAGAUGCUGCUGGAGAAAACAAACAAAUGUAGUCUCCUCAGCCAGCAGCUCAGGGAGCGGGAGGAGAAAGUGACCGAGCUGCAGGAGCAUGUGCAAACCUUGAGUUCUGAGGUCGAGCAGCUCCGGUGUGACGUGGCAGAGAAGGAGAAGACCUCUGCUGAGCUUCACGCACAGUUAAAGGCCGAACAAGACCAGCGAUCACAAACUGAGGAGACUCUGGGUCAGCUGCGAGGACGGGAGAGCAGCCUGAGGUCUGAGUUAACGGAGAAGGAAGCUCUGUUGAAAGAGAAGCAGGACGAGUGUCGAGGUCUUCAGGAUGAAAUCACAGCUCAGAAGAACAUGGUGUCCGAGCUGCAGGAGGAGCACUCACAGCUCCGACUGCAAGUUCAGACCAGAGAUGAAAUGUUGGACAAUACGACACAACAAUGUCAGAAUCACAAAGACAAACUGAACGCAAUGAACGAGACUGUCAAGUCUCAGAGUGAUCAGAUCCGUGUCAUGGAAGAGAAUGCCAGGAAGCUCCAGAAUGAGGCCGAGGGGAAGCAGACCGAGCUGACUCGCUUAGAGGAGCUCAUCCAGGCUCUCACAGAGGACAACCACCAACUGGGAGCUGCUGCUGAGUCCAGAGAGAAGGAGCUUGCUCUUCAAACAUCUGAUCUUGACUCGCAGCUUCAAACGACCCUGGAACAUAACUCCAGUCUGAGCAUGAAGAUCAGCAAACUAACAGAAGAUAAUCAGAGACUACAGGACCAGUUGGAUCAGAACAGCAGAUCCGUGUCUGAGCUGACAACCGAGAUGAGUUCACUUAGAGAAAAAAAUGCUGGGCUUGAACUCCACAUCUCAGACAACGAGAAGAGAGUCAGCAGCUUGUUGACGGAGAAGAAGGAGCUGAGCGCUGCUGUGGAUGAAUUAAAGAAUAUCCUCAAGGAGAGUGAGCUCUCCAGUUCAGCAGGUUUGCUUGAGAAAACAAGUGAAUGUGCUAAUCUGUCAAAAACCCUGAGAGAGCGAGAAGAACAACUUCAAAGUUUACAGGAGGAAGUUGACAGCUUAACAAUGCAAGAGAGUCAACUCAAUAAGUCUUUGAGUGAGAAAGAACAGACGUUAUCAGAACAGAGGGUUCAGUCGGAGGCUCAUCAGGAUCAACUGCUGCAGCUUCACGACACCGUGUCUGCCCUUCAGGAACAAGCGUCUGUCCUGAAGUCCGGGUUGAUGGAGAAAGACGCAUCGAUUCAGCAGAAAGUGGAGGAAUGUAGCGUUUAUCAGAAGGAAGUCGUGCUACAGAAAGAUCUUGUAUCACAGCUGCAGGCUGAGGUCGAAUCCACUAAACGGACGAUAGAGCAAAAAGAACAGACGUUAAGCAAAGUGUCGAAGGAGUUUCAGAACCACAAAGAUGAGCUGAACAAGAGGAACGAGUCAGUGAUGUCCCUCAGCUCUCAGCUCGGGGCCAUGAAUGAGAACACUGCAGAGAUGGAAGCUGAACUCAACAACCUGAAGGCGGCGGUGCAGAAACUCCAAACAGAAAACGGUCAGCUGACACAAGAGGCCGGCCAGAGCAGAGCACAGAUCAUCGAUUUUAAAGACAGCUUCCAGGCUCUGAAUGAGCAGAACACAAGAUUAAAAUCUGAACUUCUGAACACGGUCACAGUUCUGUCCAAAGCACAGGAAGAGGUCGCAAAUCUCAAAAAAUCUGUCAGUGGUAUGGAGAACGAACUCAAGACGGCGCUCUCCGAGCAGGAGACGCUUCAUUUGAGCGUGAAGGGAAAAGACGACCGGCUGAAACAAGAGGAGAGUCUGAUCCAGCAGCUCAACGCUAGAAUCGCUGAGCAGGAGCAGCGGCUGAAGCAAACCACAGAAGACAAUGUGAGUUUAUGUGCAAAAGUGUCCGAGCUGGAAGAUUCUGCCAGGAAGCUCAGAGGUCACGUGGACAGCCUCACUGCAGAGACGUCCAUCCUGAAGAACACGCUGGAGAAGAAGGAACAGUCAAGCCUUGAAUAUCAGAGUCAUUCUUCAGCCGCUGUCGGAAAUCUUAACUCAAAUCUACAAGCCCGAGAGGCAGAAGCUGAGAGGUUGAAGGAACAGACCUCACACCUGGAAGAAUCCGUCUCAAAGCUCAGCAGCACCCUCCAAGCACAGCUGGCUGAAUCUGAAAACCUGAAGAAGGCCCUGGUGGAAAGAGAAGCCGCUCUUUUGAACCAAUCAAAGUGUCUUCAGGAGGUCCAGAGACAAGCAGACGAGUCGUUGCUCUUUAAAACACAGUUCAUGGAAAGCACUGAGCUGGUGUCGCAGCUACAGAGUCAGAUUCAGCUCCUGUCCACAGAGUAUGAAAACCUCCGAACGCCUGCAGAGGAAACGCAACGUGCCUUCAAAAACCUACAAGAGAAAUAUGCAGCCAACUUGGAGGAACUGCAGGACGUGAGACAGCAACUGUCCCGUCGAGCUGAUGAGGUGUCCAGCCUUCAGAAGUUACUGGAUGAUUCCAAUAACAGACAUCAGGCAGCGAUGAUCACCAUCGAAACACUGAGACACGAGUUUUCAGAUAUCCAACACAAACUCAAGAAAACCAAAGACCUGAACUCAAGUCUCUCAAAGGAAAAGGAAGAAGCCUUCUCUUCUCACCAAGCAAGUGUGUCUCAGCUGACUGUGGAAAUAGAAAGGCUCAAAUCCCAACACCUCCAGGUCGCUGCUCAAAUGAAUGCACUGACAGAAAACCUGGAGCAGAGGGAACUGGCUCUGCAUGCGAUCAACAGCCAGUACACAGCUCAGGCUAAACAUGCUUCUCAGCUGGUUUCAGAAAUACAAAAACUAGAGGAGCAGAAUAAGAGGCUGAGCGAGGAGAUGAGUUUGUCGACGGAGGAAGUUAGGAAGCUCCUCGCGGUGAAGGAAGAGCUGGAAACCAGCCUUCAAGCCAAGGUUAGUGCCAAAGACGAAGAACUUUCUCAGUUGACAGAAAACAUUCAAAAGAUAGAGCAAAUUCUGCAGGAUUCAGAGAAAGAGUGGCUGUUAGUUCUGGAUAAAGAAAAGCAGGAUAGGAAUCGACUUGCAGAACAAUUGAACAGUGUUGAAAAUGAAAAGAAAUCUAAAGAUGUUAAAGUGAACGCGUUGAAACAAGACUUGGACAGUUUGCAGGAGAAGCUAGCGGAGGCUUCCUCUGCAGUUAGACAAGGGUCAGAUCAACUGAGCGCCAAAGAGUCCGAGGCCUCAGCCUCCAGGAUUCAACUGGAGAAGGUGUUAGCAUCUUUUCAGGAGAAGGAUAGAGAGAACCAUGAUUUGCAGCAGAAUCUAAAUACUGUGGAACGUGAGUUGGAAAAACUUCUCCAAAGAAAAUUACGCUCUGACAAAGAUUCAACCUCCUCUGAGGAAUCAGCUGCUCUGAAUGAAAAACAAGGCUCUUUACAGGACAUGAUAAAACAGUUAGAGGACAGACAUCAGUCCGAGGUAGAGGCUCUCAGAAGUGAGUUGGAUAAAACGUUUGAUGAAGGAGGGAGGAGUGAGGAGGAGAAGAGUCAACAAGUUGCUCUUCUACGAGACGAGGUCGAACGUUUACAGACGCAGCUCAGCGCCGAGUCAGAGAACCUGAGAGAAGCUGCUGUCAAACUCUCGUCUUUACACAGUGAGGUACAAGCUAAAGAUGAGCAGAUUAACAGUCUGGGCUUUCAGAUAAAUCAGCAGAAGGAAUUACUCGCUGGACUAAGUCAGCAGAUGAGAGAUAAAGAUGCAUCCGUCGCCCAAGUCAUGGAAUCUGCCUCCAACGAAAGAGUGAAACUGUGUGAGGAGAAAACCUCCCUAAUGGCACAAGUGGAAAACAUGCAGCGAGCACACGACACCUCCACGAGAAGGUGUGAAGAGUUAGAAGUUCAUCUUCAGCAGUUAGAAGAUACGAUCUCUCGCUCUCAAUGUGAAAUCACCUCCACGAAUUCAGAGAAGCUCGAUCUGCUUCGAGAAAACGACGAUCUGAAAGGGGAACUCGCCAAGUUGUCUAAAGAAAGAGACGGCGUGAAGAAGAAGCUUCAAGCUGCUCUCGUCGUGAGAAAGGAUCUGAUGAGAAAACUUCAGGAGUAUGAAAAGCAGAAAGAAGAGAGUGGGAACUCUGAGAAACAGGAGGUUUCGCUUUUACAGGAUAAACUUCAGGAAACAACACAUCAAGCUCAGGCAACAGCCAAAAUGUAUCAGGAACAAGUUUCUCUUCUUGAACACACAAUUCUACAGAGAGAGGGAGAGACUGAAGAACACAAAACACAGAGCGAAAGACUUCUCCAACAGUUAGAGUCAGAAAAACUAACUCUGCAGAGCACGCUGAAUCAGAAAGAAAUGUGUUUGUUAGAAAAGCUGCAAACACUCAGUGACCAAACCUCCGUCAUCGAGCAGCUGCAGUCCAACGCUGCAGAGACUGAAAGAGCUUCUGAGAGAGACAGAAACGUUCUGAUCCAGAAAGUAGAGCAGCUUCAGGAGGAAAUCAGGACAUGUAAGAAUGAGUUAAAGGAGAAAUCAUCCUCAGCUGCUGCGGAGUUAGAAAAUGAGCUCACACAGGUGAAGUCCGAAAAGGCCGUUCUACAGAAGAAGGCCCAGGCUGCUCUGCUCGCACGCAAAGAGACGCUGAAGAAAGCUCAAGAGAAUGAAAAGAAAUUAACUCAAGAACUGUCUGAGCUGAAAGACGACUACAUGGCUCUGCUGGAGCAGCGCUGUCAGCAGACCAACGAGCUGAACGCCAUCCAGCUCAACUUUGACGAGAAGGUCAGGGAGCUGGAGAACCUCCAUAGAACCGCUUUGUCAUAUCAGGAUGAACUGGGCACUUUGAGGCAGCUGGUCGAGGAGCGGGACCAAACUCUUCAAGAUCUGAAGAUGUCUCUGGCUGAGAAAGAGAGCCAGUGUCAUUCUCUGUCACUCGUUCAGUCAGAGCUGGAAACCGUUAAAUCCCAAGCUGAGAAGAUGUGUCUGGAGAUGGCAACUAAAGAGGAUGUUCUCGUAGUCAUGGAACAAAGAACCGAAGCUUUGAAGUCACAACUUCAUCUCGCCAAGAUCGACUUGGAGAGAGUACAAGAAGAAGUACGAGAGAAAACGGAAGAAAUUGAGGAAUAUAAGCAAACAAUCAGGGUCGUUGAGGAAGUGGCCCAACAGGAGAAGCAGGUGAACAUCUCUCACCAACACAUGAGCGCAAAUGAAGAGAAGUUUAAAAUCCUAGAGGAAGAGAAGGAGGCUGCUUUAGAGCAGAUGAAAAUGGAACUUGAGACAGCUCUUGCUUUAGUUUCACAGAAAUCCCUGGAAGUGUUAACCAUCCAAAAGACACUAACUGAAACUCAGCAGCAGCUCAUUGAGGACAAACUUGUUUUGACUGAGGAGCUUGAAGAAGCACAUCUGCAUUGUACCGAGACAAACAGGGUUCUGGAUUUGCUCAAGCAAGAAAAAGAAAAUUCUUUUCAAUCGGUCCGUGAUCUCAGAGGUGAAGUGACGGCGCUCACCGAGCAGCUGAAGGAGACGGAGACGCUGAACGAGCAGCUCCAGCAAGAGACGUCUGAGAACUUUGAAGUGAGACUGAAGGAGAGAGACGAAGCUUUAUUGGUUUCUCAGGCUCGAGUAGCAGAGAAGGACGAGCUUAUUGCUGCACUUGAACAGCAGCUACAGCAGCGAUUAAACAUGCACGAAACCGCCAUUGAAAGAAUGAGAGUCGAGGCUGAUGAGCUUCAGAAAUCACAAGAAGACGACAACAAAGCAAACAGCAAAAUCACUCUCCUAACCAGGAAGCUACAAGCUGCUUUACUUUCCAGAAAAGAACUCUUGAAGGAAACUGCAACACUCAAGGAAGAAGCAGAAAAGCUUUCAGCCAGACACGAAGCCAAAUCAGAUGAAUGUUUUGUCCUGGAAUCAUCGGUUGUCAAGUUGAAACAACAGAAUACAGAUCUGGAAACCUCGGUGUCGGCCCUGAACAAGGAGAAAGACGAGCUCUACUCCAGAAUCGAUAGAAUCCUUGAUGAUAACCGCAGUCUGUCAGCGGCUUGUGACAGCUUGAAACUCACCAUAGAAAACAUCACUCAGCAGAAACAAGCCUUCUCCUGUCAGCUGGAAUCUCUGAAGGACUCUCAAACUGACGAGUUGUCCAAGUGGAAGUCCAGGCACGCUGAGCUGAAGCAGGAGUACGAAUCUCUUUUGGAGGCUUAUGAAAAUGUUAGCAGUGAAAUGGACAAAAUGAGACAGCUUUUGGAAGGCGCCAAACGAGACAGACAUGAAGCCGUCCGCAAAGCACACAGCCAGCAGACGGAGACGGAGACCAUGCAGAAGCAAGCCCGAGACAUGGAGGAGGAAAAUGAACGAAUUAAAGAGAGGAUGAGAAAAUCUUCCAAAGAGAAACUGCAGAGGAUUAAAGACCUGGAGGAAGAGAAUCAGAAAAUCAAACUAGAGUUGACCGAGCACGAAGGAAAGCAGGAGACAUUGAUGUGUGAGCUGACUGAUAGAAAUACCGAGCUGCAGACUGAGAUGCGUCGACUUGAAGAGACUUCAGAGGAUCUCAGAGAGAAACUUACACAGAUACAGGCUGAGAAAAGCCAACUGGAGGAGAAGCUGGAAGAGGGGAGCAGCUCCUUGGAAAGUAGGCACACAGAAUCAAACACGUACACAAACAACAUGCAGCUGAAACUUGAUGAAGCACUCGGACUGAAUAAUUCUCUGACUGCUCAGAUCGAGGCUCAGAAAACAGAGCUCGGCGCUCAGUUGGAAAUCAACAACUUUUUACAGAAGGAGAAGAAAAGUCUGUCUGAAAGAAUUGAGGAGGUACAGAACGAUCACGAGCUGCAGCUGGGACAGAAGGACGACGUCAUCAAAGAGCUGAAGGACGAUAUCUACCGUCACAGCCAAGAGACGAUAAGUCUGAACGAGAAGGUGAGAAUCCUGGAGGACGACAAGUCUCUGCUGCAGGAGGAGCUGGAAAAUGUUCAAGAGCUUUCAGACAAAGUGAAAAAUGAAAAUGAGUAUUUGGAGACUGUGAUCCUCAAGAACUCUGAAAGGAUUGACGAGCAGACAGAGAACAUCAGCGCUUUGCAAACCCAGAACACACAGCUGGCGUCUCAGCUGGUGGCCAUUAAGGAGAGGAGCGAUCAGGUUCGACAAGAGAAAGAAGAGGAGCAACUCAAGUUGGUCCGAGGGUUUGAGGAGAAACUCAAGACGGAGCAGAGAGGCAACCAGGGCUCCAAGAACGUGAGGAACGAACUACGAGAGCUGCUCAAAGAAAAGCACCAGGAGAUAAAUCAACUGCAGCAAAACUGUAUCCGAUACCAGGAACUGAUUUUAGAUUUGGAGAGCUCUUUGAAGAGCUCGCAGUCGGCCUGUGACCUCCUGGAGAAAGAAGUGAAGAAAGGCUCAGAGAAAGUAUCGGCUCUGGAGGAGAGAAGUAAAGAAGUCGAAGCUGCGCUGAUAACAAACAGAAAUCUCCUCCUGGAGGCAGCAGAGAAGAUUCAGAGUGUCCAGUCUGAGAAAGAACAGCUGCUUCUGGAAAUGUCCCAGCAAAGUAAAAAGUCUGAAGAGAAAAUAAAUUUGCCUCAAGUUAUGGACGAGAGGCAAAUCAACGCGUAUAUGCAGAAUCAGUUUGUGUUGCAGCAACAGAUCGAUGAACUCAAAGAGUUGAAAGAGGAAGAAAGUGUCAAAGUGAAUGAACUGAGACAACAUGUGGACGCUCAGAACCUCCAGAUGAACACUCUGAAGAGAGCGGCCGAGACGAACGAAGCCAAACUCUCAGCUUUAUCUUCCACUGCUCAAGGGGCGUAUGCGACCAAGCGCUGGAGCGAUCUGUUCCAGAAGACUCUGAACGAGAAGGACAACCAGCUGCUGGAACAGGGCUUUGUGAUCAAACGCUUCCUGGAAGAUAUGAGAGUGAAAGACAAAGAGGUGAAUGAGCUACGAGUUACCAAGUCCAGACUGGAGAGGACGCUGAACGAGUACUCGGUCGCUGCUGCUGCACAACAGAGGCAGCUGUUUGUAAUGAGCGCCAGCAACGCUGAGCUGAGCGAGUCCGCGGAGCUCAUGACUGUGCAGCUGAAGGAACUCAGCGCUCAAGUGGAAAGAACAGAACGCGAUAAAAACGGACUGAACCGGCAGCUCGUGGACAAAGAGGACCUGAUUUCCAGAGUGCAGCUCAAUCUCCAGCAGGUGGAGAAGUUAAACACUGAGAUGGACGCUCAGCUGCUCCUCCUACAAACUCAAAAUGACCAACUUCGUGCUAACUUUGAGAAACAGGAGGGAAUCUCUCUGCAGCUGAAAACGCUGCUUCAGGGCAAAGAUGCAGAGAUCUCGUCUCUGUUGUCCUCUCGCGACGGACAGAUGUCAGGGUAUCUGGAGCAGCUCCAGGCUAACUACCGCUCGCAGGUCGCAGUUUACGAGGACAGGUUAACGUCUUCUCGCUACCAAAGGGAAAAGGCUGAUAAAGGGUUAAGAGGACUUGAAACUAAAGUCAAAAGUCUGCAGAUUAAAGCUAACAAGUCUGUCCAGGAAAAGGAGCAGAUGGCAGCAAAGAUGGAAUCAUUCAAGAACUCGAUGGUGUCUUUACAAAGCGAGCGGGAGCGACUCAUGUCAGAAUACAGAAUCCUGGAGGCUAAGAGUGAGUUGGGGUUGAAGGGCAAAGACGGCUCUGCUGACGGGGAAGGUGGUGCAGCCAGAGGCCUCAAACAUGAAAUCAGGAAGUUGCUGCAUCAGAUGGAUGAUCUGAACUCUGAGAAUGCGAUGCUCAGGGCUCAGCUGGUCCGGUACAGGGAGGAUUUGAAUCAAGUGUUGUCUCUGAAGGACAACCAGUUGAAGGUGCUGCUGAAGAAGCAGCAGGAAGUGAUUAAAAACCUGGAGAACCAGAAGGCUGCAGCGGACAAGCAGCACAGAAAGUCUCAGUUGGAUCUGCAGAAGGAGGAAGAGGUGAGCGAUUCGAUGAAAGAGGAGAUUUCUAAACUUACAGCUCAAGUUUCAAGACUGGAGAUGGAAAUAUCCACUCAGAAAAUGGACAGAGCAACGACAGAUGUGGGCAAAGUGAUUUCUGAUUUGCAGGAGGCUGUGGCAGCCAAAGCGUCCGAGUGUAACGACCUCCAGCAAAAACUCUUCUCUCAGAAAACCUUAAAUGAUGACCUCAAUGCAAAUAUGCAGCUGGUCGAAAAUGAGACGGACAAGAAACUGGCUGAAGCUGAAGAUAAAUACAACUCCGAGCUGGACACCUUCGAGCGGGAGGUGGAGCUGAUGAGGAACGAGCACAAGACCGCUGAGCAGCGGGUGGCAGAACUCGCCAGAGACCUUCUCCAAGUGGAGCAGCAGUUAUCAGAGGCCAAAACUCAAAGUAAAGAUCUGACGGCUCAGAACGAGUCUCUGUGCAAAGCCAUGGCUGCUCUGCAGAACGACCGAGAUCAGCUCAUCGAAGACUUCAAGGUCCUGAGGAACCGAUAUGACGAAGAGCUCCGAGAGACUCAGGCAGCGCUGACCAAGAUGGAGCGCAGCCUGCAGGACGCCACCUCGGACCUGGCCAUGUUUGCCAAAGAGCGGGACAUCCUCGUUCAUAAAGUCAACGCUCUGGACAGCAAAGACACCGACGCAGAGCUGAGCAAGCUGCUGGACGAGCUGACGAAGGCCCUGUCGGAGAAGGAGAGAGAGCUGAAGCAGGUCUCCAUGGAAAACAACAGCUACAGCAGGCAGCUGUCGGCCUUCUCCAGGUCAAUGGCCAGCCUCCAGAACGACCGCGACCGGUUGAUGGACGAGUUGGCCGGGACCAGACGAGUGGUUGAGUCCCGAAAGGGUUCGAUUCCAGAGACAACCUCCUCCACAGCGAGUGUGGAGAAGUCUGAAGGAGGUGGCGUCAGUUUCCUCCAGAGUGAGAGAGACGGCCGGGAGACGAACGAGCUUCAACAAACUCACCGGACGACACAGGAAGGAGUCAGCAGCUCUCAGGAGGAAGCAGCCAAUCUGAGGACUGAGCGACAGAGGAAGGACUCACCUCCAGUCAAACAGGAAGCGGUUGCUCUGUCCGGUCGCAGUGUGACGGAGGAGGCGGUGAGUCGGUUGGAGGCCGAGAGGCUUCAGCUCCACAGCAGCCUGCAGCGCUGCGUGUACGAGAUCCAGCAGCGAGACCAGUACGUCCAGCAGCGAGACCAGUACGUCCAGCAGCUCAGCACCAAGCUGCAGCAGGCCGUCGAGGAGAAAGGUGCAGUCGCAGCUCAGCUGAUGUCCAUGUCUCAAACGCUGAGGGACACACAGAACCGUUGCCACUGGCUGGAAGGACAAGGACAAGCUCAGGGGUCAGUGUAUGCUGAGGUUGCACCAGGAGCUCCACAGGAGAGAAGUAACGAAUCCACGUUUCUUGAACCUGAAGAAGCCCGAGAGAGGCUGCUCGAGCUGGAGCAGAUUCUGGUAGAUGAAAGAAGCCGGAGAGAAACAGCUGAGGAGUCUCUGCGUCUCGCCUACGACCGAGCAAAGAGUUUGGACACUCAGAGAGAUUUCAGUAUCGAGAUGGAGACGGAGGACGAGUGGGAGGCGCUGAGUCUCGACCCCACCCAGCCUCUGAUCACCCGACAGGUGAAAGGCGGCGUGGCGGCGUGUCGACGAUGGCUCAGAGGGCGGAGCCUCUACUUCUCCAAGCUGCUGACGAGCCGCGCCCGCUCUCGACACCUCUUCCUCUUCUACCUGCUCACGAUACACGUGCUGGUCCUCAUGUGCCUCACUGGAGCCCUCUAGUGACGCGAUGCUGGAACCAGUUUAAAGCUGAAGUCUGUAUUUAGUUGGUUCACGUUCAGGAGCGUUACUUUGACGUUUAUCUUCAGUUCUUACUUUUCACUGAUUACUGUAGUUGUUUUUUUAUUGAAGGCUGGAAACGUGAGUUAUUGAUGAGAAUCAACAAAGUGUCAGAACUGGUUUGAUUUGUUUAGAUUCAUUUAAAAUGAUUUUCUAGAUAUUUUCUAUUGGGAACUGAAGCCUUAAGACACCACACGCCUCUUCUUUCUUCAUCAUGGCAUUCUUCUUCUUCUUCUCCUUCACCAUCCUCUCCUCCUCCUUCUCUAUCACCUUCUCCUUCUCCUUCUCCAUCCUCGUCUCCUCCUACUCCAUCACCUCCUUCUUCUUCUUCAUCUCCUUCUCCAUCCACGUCUCCUCCUACUCCAUCACCUUCUUCUCCUUCUCCAUUCCCUCCUCUCUCUUCUCUUCCUUCUUCUCCUCCUCCUACGCCAUCCCCUCGUUCUUUCUUCUAACACACAGGUGGAUUCCCUCAUUAUUAAUCUUCUUGUUGUUAUUGUUUUGUGGCCUGUUUCCAGAGAUCUAUCUUCUGUGGAUGAUCAGAAGAUAGCUGAGCUUGAGGGCGAUGAUGUAACUUUAUGAGAAGACGAAGCUGUAAAAACUUCCUGUUCAAACACGAUGUCUUGAAAUCCGUUUCCUGUCCAGCUCCAUGUUCUUGACCUGAGGACGAACAUCACAUCCUGCUUCUCAGACGCGAUGCUGAGUUUAAACUAUGCACUGAAAACACUCAUGUAAUUAUCUCAUACCAGCUCAGCAGCGCCCCCCCUCUGUCACCCUGAUACCUUUAAACUGUUGUGUGUGUUUGUGUGCCUGGGUGUGUGUCCUCACACUUGUUAAAGUUAUUGAGCGACAGAUAAAAUAUCAAAUCCUCCUCCAGUGUCACAUUAUGCUGAUGAAAGUUCACUGUAAAAAACUCGACAUGAGGUUUGUAUUUAAUUGAUCCCUGUAUUUAUGUGGAUGCUGUACAGUCCCUGUAUCUAUGUACAGUCUAUAAAUGCAUUUCUAUCCAUGAUGUAUAUUUGUUAUUGAGCGUUUUGAGCUAACGAGCCAGAAAAAGAUGAAAAAGAAUGUCUGUUGUUUUAAAGACGAGUGAAACAGGAUGAGACGUGUGACAGGUUUCUCUCUGGCUGGUUAAUUGAGGAGUUGAUUGGUUGAUGGUUUGCGUCACUCAGUUAUGAUCUGUACAUAAAGACGAUUGAUGGACGAUACAUGAACUGAAUCUCUUUAUGAAAAAGGUACACUACUGAAAAAGGCUUAUUUUCUCUUGCCUGUAUUUUUCGGAGCGUCUGAUGACAUGAGGCUUCUCUCGGUGCAAUACUGUGUCUCACUCCACCAUCGCAAAGAACUUUAAUAAAGCUUGUUCCACUUUU